GCCGCGACUAUGGCCAAUGAUUAAACACAAGGAAAUUAUGAGCAAAAACAUCUGGGUGCGGCACGCUUUAGAGGAAAACGUUUCGCUCAGCCCGGAGGUCGUACGCAUUUUUUUACCUUUUGUAUUUCCUUACUGAUUGUCGUGGACAUCUUGGAUUUUUUUUUUUUUUGAUGUUCCGCGUCUUUAAUUCGCUCCAGUCGCGGGUGGUUUCGCCGUGGUCUUCGUCUUUAACCCGUCUGAGAGCCAUUGGGGGAGGGAGACACUUAAAAGUGCGAAAACAGCUGAAGAACUCGAGGACGGCUGAUUAAGAAGAAAUGUGCGCAGUGGGCCAGCUUCAAGUUGCUCUUUAAGUGGGCACCACUAGCUAGCUGCUAACCCGAGGCAAACUCGUAACUGAAAACUGUCCAGCUUGCCGCUACUUAAUUCUCGAAAACAUUUUUUCGGAUACUGGCACCUUUUCCCACAACACGGACACAAAUUAAUGACGGGAAGGCUCGACGUGAAUUGAGGUAAUCAACUUGUUGGAUCUGUCAAAGGGCAACCACUGGGAUCCAAGUCUUUGAGUCAUAAAUGACAAGCCCGUGACGAUGUCCAAGCGGAGCUUCUUUGUUCGGCUGGUGCCGUGCCGGUGCUUGCGGGGUGAGGAGGAGGUGGUGACAUCUCUGGACUACUCCCACUGCAGCCUGGAGACGGUACCUAAGGAGAUCUUCAGCUUCGAGAAGACGCUGCAAGAGCUCUACCUCGAUGCCAACCAGAUCGAGGAACUGCCUAAACAACUGUUUAACUGCCAGUUACUCAACCGGCUGAGCAUGCCAGAUAAUGACGUAACGGUGUUGCCCGCAGCGAUCGCAAAUCUCAUUAACCUCAGGGAGCUUGAUGUCAGCAAAAACAGUAUCCAAGAGUUCCCAGAAAACAUCAAGAACUGCAAAGUCCUUACUGUUGUGGAAGCCAGUGUGAACCCUAUUUCCAAGCUCCCAGAGGGUUUCACUCAGCUCAUCAGUCUGACGCAGCUCUACGUGAAUGAUGCCUUCCUUGAGUUUUUACCAGCCUCGUUUGGCAGGCUGACGAAGCUGCAGAUCCUGGAGUUGAGGGAGAACCAGUUAAAGAUGCUGCCAAAGAGCAUUCAGAAGCUCACACAGCUGGAGAGGCUGGACCUGGGGAGUAAUGAGUUCACUGAAGUGCCUGAGGUGUUGGAGAACCUGAAUGGACUCAAGGAGCUGUGGAUGGAUGGGAACAAACUGACUUUUCUUCCUGGGAUGCUGGGGAUGCUGAAACAGCUGGUUUAUUUGGAUGUGUCGAAGAACAACUUGGAAAUGGUGGAUGAAAAACUCUCCGGCUGUGAGAACCUGCAGGACCUCCUGCUCUCAAACAAUGCCCUCACACAGCUGCCCGGCUCCAUUGGCUCUUUCAAGAAACUGACGACGCUGAAGGUGGACGAAAACCAGCUGAUGUAUUUACCGGACUCCAUCGGGGGACUGACAUCUAUCGACGAGCUGGACUGCAGCUUCAACGAGAUCGAAGCCUUGCCUCCGUCCAUCGGCCAGUGCGUCAGCAUUCGCACUUUUGCUGCCGAUCACAACUUCCUCUCCCAGCUUCCCCCUGAGCUGGGCAGCUGGAAGAGCGCGACGGUGUUGUUUCUGCAUUCCAACAAGCUGGAGUCUUUGCCCGAGGAGAUGGGCGACAUGCAGAAGCUCAAAGUCAUCAACCUGAGCAACAACAAGUUAAAGAAUCUUCCUUACAGUUUCACUAAACUCAAUGAGAUGACUGCAAUGUGGCUGUCUGAGAACCAGUCAAAGCCCCUGAUCCCCCUCCAGAAAGAAGAGGAUCCGGAGACCCAUAAAACCGUGCUGACCAACUACAUGUUCCCCCAGCUUGCAGAGGACUUUAUCCCUAGCAGCGACUCUGAAAACUUCAAUCCGGCUCUCUGGGAGGAGCAGCGCAAGCAGCGAGCUCAGGUGGCCUUUGAGUGCGACGAGGACAAGGAUGAGAGAGAAACACCGCCAAGGGAGGGACACCUAAAACGCUACCCGACACCUUACCCAGACGAGCUGAAGAACAUGGUAAAAACGGCCCAGUCUGUGGCUCACAGGCUGAAGGAGGAUGAAACGAGUGACGAGUCUGGGAAGGAAUCCAAACCAGUGGAGAGGAACCACAUUGGAGUUCAGGACGUGGGAGUUAAGGUGAUCGACGGCCCCUUUCCCAACGGUGUGGCAUCAGACGUUGACGCUCCGGUCUCUUCCACUUGUCCCCAAAGUUCUUCUGCAACUGAAUCCAGAGAAACGUCCGAGCCCUUCAGCUCCCAGAAUAUUCCCCUCAAAUCUUCCGAAGGUUCAAUGAUGAACCAUGAGGACACACUGGAGGACACCGAGGAGCUUUCAGAGGAAGAGGAGAUGAAAAUAGCAGAGAUGAGACCCCCACUUAUUGAAAUUUCCAUCAAUCAGCCUAAAGUAGUGACUCUAAGUAAGGAUAAAAAAGAUGAUGCUGAUUCUUUGCUGGACGACACUGUAGCCAACAGCAACCAGAACAACAGCAACUGCUCGUCGCCAUCGCGGAUGUCCGACUCUGUGUCUUUAACCACCGACAGCAGUCAGGACAACUCUCUGUGCACGCCAGAGAGGGAGUCCAAGAUGCCUUUCCUUCCAAAAAGCAGACAAGACGAUGAGAAUAUGAACCAGCCAAAGGACACCACCCCUCUCCUCCACAAUGGCAACGGCUCCGAACCAUCACUCCAGACCCUGUUAAAAACCCAGCAGACCCCACCGGACUACGACCUGUCGAUGGAAGCCUUCAUUGAGAAGGGGAUCACCAACGGGAUGGGGGACGCCUACUCCAAGUGGGACCAGAUCAAUAUGAAUGUGACCAAGCUGCCGCCGUACCACGCGGCACAGUUCAGCGAGCUGGACAAAGCAAAGAACGGUUCGGUCAAUGACUGCAACGACUUCCAGAACGGAAACCAGCAGGGGAGCGACUGCAUCAACAGCCUGGUGAACAGAAGCCAAGGGACGAGAGCGGAGACGUCCGCCUCGAUGAGCGUGGCUGCCAGCAGUGACAUGUCGUUGUCUCGCAGCACCGAGGAGCUGUCUCCGGAAAAAAGAUGCCCACUGCCGCCGCAGGUGACGAAAUCCCACAGCGUCAGCAACAUAGAAGCGGGUGGGAUGAAGUUGUACUCGUUCGAUAGAGACGACGAGGCUGCCGCAGCAGCGGCGGGUAGAAUCGUCCCGGGGCCGGGAGCUCAGGGUCAGAACAUCGUCCGGAGCAAAUCGGCCAGUCAGCUACUCAACGACCAGAAUCUGCUGGUCUACCCCGGCUCUUUAUCGUCUUCCUCAGACCUGCUGUCGUCCUCUAAGCCUCCGGUCAGCACCAGCAGAUAUCCAGGGUCGUCCAGCAUGACCAUGGGAGUCCCUCCCCCUCAAUAUAACAUCCAGUACGCGAGCAGCAGCGCCGUGCCUAAAGAUGGUCUCUGGGCUCAACGGGACCACCCAGGCUACCUCCCGCCUCAUCCACACUCCCUCGCCAACACCAACUACUCAAACCGUAACCAGGCACCUCCAUAUACUCUACAGCCCCAGCAGAGGGGCGUCCCUAUGGCCCCCAUGGGAGACUGGACCAAAGAGAGGCUUCCUUCUGCCGGCGGGCCGCCUCGAAGCAGCACUCUGCAGCGGCAAGGCAGUUCCGCCUCCUCAGUCUCCAUUGGCGACCCAAGGCGCGUCCAAGCUCCCGAGGGGGAGUACAUGACCUACAGGGACAUCCACACCCUCGCCAGGGGGCCACUGGCGAUGAGCCAGGCCAUGCAGAGGCCCUUCUCCGCUCGCACUUACAGCAUCGACGCACCCAUCACUUCCAGACCCGUCGCCGCAAGGCCCCAGCCUCACGAGCUUCCAGAAAGGACCAUGUCCGUUAGUGAUUUCAGCUACCAGCAAAGCAGCCCCAGCAAGCGGCCCAACACCAGGGUGAAGUCUGAGCACUCGCUUCUUGACGGGCCGGGUCAGGUGUCGGGAGGGAUGGGACCAGGGAGGGUGCCAACUGACUGGAGGGACCAAGUGAUGCGGCACAUUGAAGCCAAGAAAAUGGAGAAGAAUGUGCUGUCUCGCUCCUAUAAUUUCAAUACUUCUCCGCUGAGCUGGUCUCACUACGGCAGCUGUAGGGAUAUGCAUGCCGGCCAAGGGGGCGUGGCCUUUAGCGGCGCCGACCGACAGCCCUAUGGAGCCCUGAGCUUCCGUGAUGAUGUUUUUGUUCCCCAAGGGCCACAAAGCUACACCAUGGACCCCCACAGAAAAGUGCCUUCGAUGAAUGGUCAGAUGGGCCCUUCUGUUCGUCCUCAGAUGAGCCAGACCUCAAUGGCUCGUCACCCUUCCAGAGAGCAGCUCAUCGAUUAUCUGAUGCUCAAAGUCUCCCAGCAGCCCCACGGGCCUCCGCGCAUUCCUCACGACACGCUACAGCAAGAGAUCCGUGUGAAAGUAGAGAAGAAUCCAGAGCUGGGUUUCAGCAUAUCGGGCGGAGUGGGAGGCCGGGGAAACCCCUUCCGUCCUGAGGAUAAUGGCAUUUUUGUGACUCGAGUUCAACCUGAGGGGCCAGCGUCCAAAAUCCUUCAACCUGGAGAUAAAAUAAUUCAGGCAAAUGGCUACAGCUUUGUGAACAUCGAUCAUGGGAAUGCAGUGUCCCUGCUCAAGACGUUUCCAACCACUGUGGAUUUAACGAUCGUAAGAGAAGUGCAAGCAUAGACUCGACUGCAUCUGUCCUCCGGUAGACCGGUGCAGCAUAUAAAAGGAGAGCAAAGAAAUUUAUGGUGACUGUCAUAUUUUUAUACACAGAGGAGAGACUGAUCUGCUGACACCUAUUGGGACUAUUUAUAGCUGAGAUCCUCAGAGGUCUUUGUCGCCUCGAUGCAACGGGGAAAACCACUGAAUGUAGUGGAUCUUAGUGAAACAGCAGCAAACACAUGCAAGUACGUGUCCUCAAAAGGCCGUCACUGUGGUAUACAUAUAUAUAUUUUUUAUACGAAAACCUGAAGAUUUGAUGGGAACUAUGAUUUCUGUACAGAUCCGCUUUUUGUUUUUGUUUUUUUUUUAAGUCAACGACUUAUCAACCACUUGUCAAGAUUUGGGUUUUACUUCCUCAGAUGGGCAUGGAGGCGACCACUAGGGGGCAGGGCUCCCACUCUUCUCUUCUGUCCUUAAGUUUGCCUUUUAUUUUUUUUAUUUUUUUUAAUUAUUAUUCUGUAGCUGAACCAUUUCCCAGUUGCCAGGCGACAUUAUCAAAAGGGACUGCGUCACGUGCUUCUCAUGGGGAGACGAAUGUAGAUCAAGGAGGCGUUUGUUUCUGUUUUUCUUAAUGGAAAAUCAAAGAAGGAAACGAAGAGGGAGAACCAUCCACUCCGACUUCCGUAAACCCGUCAAGAUCCACCUCAGACAUGUUCUGGAUAACCAGACCUGUGCCAUCCGGAAACUCAUCCCAACUCAUCAGACGUUUUCAGAAAUGCAGGUGUUCCUUUGACGAGAGAAGAAGGCAGAAUGGAGUUCCUUGCAUCGGGAGAAAAAGCAGGUUCUUGUGUUUUUCUUUUGAAAAGGUACUUUUUUUUUUUUUUAAAUAAAAAAGGACUAAAACUGGGGCAAUAAGCACAUCUGGUUCCGGCAGAAUGACAUAAAGGUGCUUAGAAGUAGACAAGCUAGCUCUCAAUGAAAACACCUCAAGGCUACUCAAUUUAACCAAAGCAAGCAUUAAAUGAUCAGAAGGUAAAAGCAGGGACUGUUCUAAGAGAGAUUUUAAGGAUCAACAUGUUUCGUUGUGGGUAUUUCAUCUUUUAGGUCGCCAUCAAUGCAAAAAAAUAAAGUUUGCAACAUGAAACAUUUUACACAGAAGAAAACCACAGGUUGCCUUUUGUGUCUGUUUUGUUCCCGUCACUCAUCACCUCGAAGCAGUCUUGUGGGUUUUUUUUGUUUUGUUUUAUUGUUCUUCCUUCGCUGUACAGAGAACAGAGAUGGGAGACACAAAUUGUCAAGUGCCAUAGACCUUGAACUGUUUGAACAAGAGGAGGAUGUUCAGCUCUUCCCCCCGAGGAACCCAAGCAAUACCCACAUUUGCAACCCCUUCAAGUACAUCUGCAGCAUAAUGGCUUCAAAGAAAUAUUUAAAAGCCUUUAUUUUCAUUCCCAUGGCAUUGUUUUUAAACAUAAACACAAGCUUUUAGUACUCCCUGAUGAUUUUACAUGUUUUUUUUUAUAUUGUGAUUUUUUUUUUUUUUUACAAUGAAAUGGCACAGAAAUUAUAUGUGUGUGUGGCAUUGCUCAAAAAACAAAAUCUCUGCGUUGUGACAGAGUUUUCGUCACUUUGGCCGAGAUAUUUUACUGUUUUGUCGAGUACUGAAUAUCUCGCUGUUUGUGUGUUUAAAAGUUUCCACUGUGGGGUUUCAUCAUUCUGAAAACAAUUAUAAAAGGACUGUGAGAAGUAAAUGUGAUCAAGAUUUAUAAUAUACCCCCACCUGUUGAGAUUCAGACACAGGUACAGCAGCGAGACGUGUUUCCCAAACCAGUGGAAAUGAUAAAAUACACAUUGUCCAGUGAAUUCCUUCACUUCCAUCACUAGUAAAAAUUAAUGCCAGUAAUAUAUCUUGUAUUUUUGCUUUUUGCAUUGGCAACCAAAUUAAAAAACUACUUCUUCCCCUUAUUUUAAUUCAUUUAAAUUGAACGAAUAAGUUUCUGUUGAAAAAUAUUUGUUCCAAAUGAAGCUGGCCUUUAGUUCUUCUACUUGAUUAGCAAUUGGUCAAUUUUUAUUUACAAGAAAAUGACAUUUUUCGCACAUUGUGUUGUAUUGUACUCUGAUGAAAUCCUUGAUUGCAUUUGUUUUAACGUUCUUUGCUUUUUUUUGUUUGUUUUUUUAACGGCGGAGAUUAAUUUUUUGGUUAUGGUCACUAUAAUCACUUCAAACAAAAUCUGUCUACUUUAGACAAUCUAGGGAUGAAAACGAAUCUUUUCACUGUUUCUUCAUCCACGUUUUGUGUUUUUCGCUCCCACUUUUGUAUUUAUUUAGCAGACUUACAUGAAAUUUUAGACCUUAACUAAUCAAAUUGUAAAUAACUGAAGAAACAUUUGUGACUUGCGAUUGUAAAACCAGCAAUAAAUUGCAAAUGCAGAGGCUCCCAUUUAAAUGUAUAGCUAGUAUUUCUAAUGUUUCUCUGGAAACUGUCACAGUGAGAAGAUUGAUAUGCAUUUAUCCAACAUUCCAGAUUUUGUACAUAAUUUCCUGUUUCAGAAGUUACCUGUGGGACAAUAAACUAAUGCUGUUUAACAGUGA